GGCUCUGGUUGUGAUAUUGUUAUUCUGGCAGAUGACUUCGAAUGUGUGCAAAUUAUUCCUGGUGCUAAACAUGGAAAUAUCCAGGUCAGUUGCGUGGAGUGCUCCCAGCAACAAGGCAGGAUUGCAGCAUCAUAUGGAAAUGCUGUUUGCAUUUUUGAACCACUUGGUAUAAAUUCUCAUAAAAGAAAUAGUCAACUAAAGUGUCAGUGGCUUAAAACUGGCCAAUUCUUCCUCAGUUCUAUGACUUAUAACCUGGCAUGGGAUCCUCAAGGUAACAGGCUGCUGACAGCAACUGACUUUUUGCAAUUGUGGGCCCCUCCAUCUAGUGACAUUCUAGAAGAAAAUGAUGAUGAUCCUGACAAUCAGGUCAAAGAUGAUAAAGUUCUCCCAGUUCUAAAUGACUGGAAAUGUGUCUGGCAGUGCAAGACUGCAGUAUCAGUACAUUUGAUGGCAUGGUCUCCUGAUGGUGAAUAUUUUGCAACAGCUGGGAAAAAUGACUGCCUUUUAAAGGUUUGGUAUCCUAUGACUGGUUGGAAGUCAUCUCUUCUGCCCCAAGAGAACGAAGAAAAGAAAAAAAGCUCAGGGGUUGUCAACUUCUCAUUUGUUUAUUUGGCGCAUCCUCGAGCAGUGACAGGAUUUUCAUGGCGUAACAUUAGCAAGUACAUGCCCAGGGGUUUGGUCUGUAAUGUGUUACUCACAUCUUGUCUUGAUGGCGUCUGUCGGCUGUGGGCAGAGACAUUGUUACCAGAAGAUACUCUUCUUGGUGAGCAGAUCUGUGAAACCAGCACUUCCAGCAUUAGUAGCACUGUCUCUCAAUCUGGAAAGCAAAAGGACAGGAUACAGCAUGCACUAGAGACAAUUCACGAGUUGAAAAAUAUGAGAAAAGGACAAAGGAGAUCUUCAGUUCUUGUUACUCACACAGAUGUAUUGCCAGAUCAACAGGGUACCCACGAAGUUCAGCGUCACAUUUCACAUCACGCAAAUGCGCUUGGUCACUUCCACAUAGCAGCAAGCAUCAACCCUAAUACAGAUAUUCCAUCAGUCUUGGCUGGAACGGCUUUUAAUAUAGAUGAAGGAAAUGGAGGCUUCGUUGUUCACUGGUUGAAUAAUAAAGAAUUUAAUUUUACAUCCUCUAUUGAAGUAUUUAUGCAGCAUCUAAGAAAAAUUUCUGAACAAGUAGAACAAGAUUUUGAUGUUCAGGCUGAAAAGGAAGAAGAAAUGGAAGAAAAAGAGAAAGGUUUACAUAUGAAAUUAGAUCAUGACUUGUCUAUGGACAGGGAAUCAGAGACAGGGACUGGUACAGGCUCUUCAGAACAUGAAGAUGGAGAAAGAGAAGGAAGCCCCAAAACAUCUCUACUAACAGGCCCGUGCAUGCCUCUUCCAACAGUUUUAUUAGAUCAGAAAAUUGAGUUGCUCGUAACCGAAUGGAACAGAAAUCCAGAUAUGCUUUUUACUAUCCACCCCAUUGAUGGUACCUUUUUGGUGUGGCAUGUGAAAUACUUAGAUGAAUACACUCCAGGCAUCUUUCGGCAAGUUCAGGUUUCAUUUGCUUCUAGUAUUCCUGUUGCAUUUCCAUCAGGAGAUGCUAGCUCCCUGAGCAAAAAUAUUAUGAUGUACGCUUGCCCUGUCUUUGUAAAAGAUGACAGUAAUGCUGUCUAUCAGAAGACAAUGGACUUUCCAGAUAAGACUCUAGCAAAUAAAGGAUCAAGCUUUGACCAGGAUGGUGGAAAUGUGAAUAUAAUUUCUCCCAAAAUAAUGAUGGUUUCCAAACAUAUAGAUGGCUCUCUAAAUCAGUGGGCAGUUACUUUUGCUGAUAAGUCAGCUUUCACUACUGUGCUAACUGUAUCACAUAAAUUUAGGUACUGCGGUCACCGUUUUCAUCUCAACGAUCUGGCUUGCCAUUCUGUUUUACCAUUACUGCUAACAUCUUCUCAUCAUAAUGCUCUAUUAACUCCUGAAUCAGACAGUUCCUGGGACUCUGAUACGAUAAACAGAAAAAUUGAUCCAAUUAAACAUGUGAAAGGUUCUUCUAGGCAGCAGCUUAAAAAUGCAGCAACCCGUACAUUCCAUGACCCAAAUGCAAUCUAUAGUGAGCUGAUUUUGUGGCGUGUAGACCCUAUAGGACCUUUAUCAUACACUGGAGGAGUAUCUGAAUUGGCACGAAUUAACUCUCUUCAUACCUCCGCUUUCUCUAACGUAGCCUGGCUUCCAACACUUAUUCCCAGCUAUUGCCUUGGUACAUACUGCAACUCUGCUAGUGCUUGCUUUGUUGCAUCUGAUGGCAAAAAUUUGAGACUCUAUCAAGCUGUUGUAGAUGCACGAAAACUUCUAGAUGAAUUAUCUGACCCUGAAUCAUCUAAACUUAUUGGGGAAGUGUUUAAUAUUGUGAGCCAACAAUCUACUGCUCGACCAGGAUGCAUUAUUGAACUUGAUGCAAUAACUAACAAAUGUGGCUCAAACACACAAUUGCUUCAUGUCUUUCAAGAAGACUUCAUUUUGGGAUACAAACCACAUAAGGAAGAUGUGGAAGGGAAGGAAACUGAGAUAUUUUUCCAGCCGUCACAAGGGUAUCGUCCACCACCUUUCUCAGAGAAGUUCUACCUAGUAGUAAUUGAAAAAGAUAGUAAUGGCUGCUCUGUUCUUCAGAUGUGGCAUCUUCAUCUCAAAUCUGUGCAAGCCUGUUUAGCAAAGCCAACUGAAGCUCCUUCACCAGAGAAUAAGCUUAGCGUACCUGUGCAGAAGACUGUGGUUUCUUCUCCAAAUGUAUCACCUGGCAUAAGUCCUAUUCCUCGAUCUUCAUCAAUUGCUAAUCUUCAGACUGCUAGUAAACUCAUUCUGAGCUCCAGACUUGUGUAUAGCCAACCUCUGGAUCUUCCUGCUGGUGUAGAAGUAAUAAGAGCAACUCCUUCAGCAGGUCACCUGAGCUCUUCAUCAAUAUACCCAGUCUGCCUUGCACCUUAUCUGAUAGUAACAUCAUGUUCAGACAACAGAGUGCGGUUCUGGAGAUGUACUGUAGAGACAGACCUAAACAGCAAAAACGAAGAAAGGGAAACAUAUCAUUGGAGGAAAUGGCCUUUAAUGAAUGAUGAAGGAGAAGACAACAGCAGUACAGUGAGCAUUGUAGGAAGGCCUGUUGCCGUUAGCUGUUCUUACACAGGACGUCUUGCAGUAGCAUACAAACAACCCAUACAGCAUAAUGGUUUUGUUUCCAAAGAAUUUUCCAUGCAUGUUUGUAUACUUGAAUGUGAGUCUACAGGAGGAUCAGAAUGGGUUUUGGAACAGACAAUUCAUCUGGAUGAUUUAGUUAAGGUUGGAAGCGUACUUGAUUCAAGAGUCAGUGUAGAUAGUAAUUUAUUUGUUUACAGUAAAUCAGAUGCUUUUUUGAAUAAAGACAAAUACCUGGUGCCUAGUAUCAAGCAUUUGGUGCAUUUGGACUGGGUAUCAAAAGAAGAUGGUUCACAUAUAUUGACAGUUGGAGUUGGUGCCAACAUCUACAUGUACGGAAGGCUUUCAGGAAUUGUAACAGAUCAAACCAGCAGCAAAGAGGGAGUAGCUGUCAUUACUUUACCACUAGGUGGUAGCAUAAAACAAGGUAUAAAGUCGAAGUGGGUGUUGCUUAGAUCAAUUGAUUUGGUAUCGUCUGUAGAUGGCACUCCUUCACUGCCUGUUUCUCUGUCCUGGGUGAGAGAUGGUAUACUGGUAGUGGGAAUGGACUGCGAAAUGCAUGUUUAUGCCCAGUGGAAACAUGCUAUCAGGUUUGGUGAUGGAGAAAAUGAUGUUUUUACUACUGAAGACUCAACAACACAAGAUCCACUCAAAACAAGCCUGAUAGCAAAGAAGACCAGUGUAAUUGAUAGGGCAGGUAUUGUGGAUGAUGUUUUUGGCACUCCAACUGUAAUACAGGAUGGUGGCCUUUUUGAAGCUGCUCAUGUUCUUUCACCUACUCUACCCCAGUAUCAUCCAACCCAGUUGUUAGAACUUAUGGAUCUGGGUAAAGUUCGCCGAGCCAAAGCCAUUCUAUCGCAUUUAGUUAAAUGUAUUGCAGGAGAAGUUGCAAUUGUUAAAGACACAGAAGCUGGAGAAGGAACUGGUCCUAAACGCCAUCUUUCUCGCACCAUAAGUGUAAGUGGUAGUACUGCAAAGGAUACCAUCACAGCUGGAAAAGAUGGUACUCGAGACUACACAGAGAUAGACUCAAUUCCCCCAUUGCCACUGUAUGCGUUGCUUGCUGCAGAUCAAGAUGCCACUUUUGUUUCUGAAGAAACUUCUAAAAUACCUCAGGGCUCUGAAGAUCAUGCUAAGAGAAAAACAGAAGAUCAGUACUCAGACCUAUUCCAAAUUCCGUCUGUUACAACUGAAGACUUCAUUGAUUUUGAGCCUGAAAAGAGGGAGAGUAAAUCCAAAGUUAUUAAUCUAUCACAGUAUGGUCCGACUUACUUUGGCCGAGAACAUGCUAGUGUUCUGUCAAGCCACCUGAUGCAUUCAAGUCUGCCAGGCCUCACUCGACUGGAGCAGAUGUUCCUUGUAGCUUUGGCAGACACUGUGGCCACAACAAGCACUGAACUAGAUGAGAACAGAGAUAAGAAUUACUCAGGAAGAGAUACUUUAGACGAAUGUGGCUUACGAUACUUGUUGGCUAUGCGCUUGCACACCUGCCUCCUGACGUCACUCCCACCUCUGUAUCGAGUUCAGCUGCUUCACCAAGGCCUUUCUACUUGCCAUUUUGCGUGGGCUUUUCAUUCUGAGGCUGAGGAGGAGUUGAUCAGUAUGAUUCCUGCUAUCCAGAAGGGAGACCCUCAGUGGUCUGAAUUAAGAGCUGUGGGUAUUGGUUGGUGGGUCAGGAAUAUCAAUACACUCCGAAGGUGCAUUGAGAAG